AUGGUCAAGGAGACAAAGUUUUACGACCUCCUCGAGGUCCCACACACCGCUUCCGAGGCGGAGCUCAAGAAGGCUUACCGCAAGAAGGCAUUGAAGGAGCACCCAGACAAGGGUGGUGAUCCCGAAAAGUUCAAGGCCAUCACCGCGGCAUACGAAGUUCUCUCCGACGCAGACAAGCGCGAUCUCUAUGACCGUUUCGGCGAGCAGGGUCUCGAAGGUGGAGGAAUGGGCGGCGGCAUGGACCCCCAGGAUCUCUUCUCCCAGCUCUUCGGUGGCGGAGGUGGCGGCUUCUUCGGCGGUGGAGGCGGACGACCACGCGGCCCGCGCAAGGGCAAGGAUCUCGUCCACCGUGUCAAGGUCUCGCUCGAGGAGCUCUACGUCGGCAAGCUCACCAAGCUUGCUCUUCAGAAGCAAGUUCUCUGCAAGAAGUGUGAUGGCCGUGGAGGAAAGGAAGGUGCCGUCAAGACAUGUGGCGGAUGCAAUGGUCAGGGUAUCAAGGUCGUCCUUCGUCAACUCGGUCCCAUGGUUCAGCAGAUGCAGCAGACCUGUCCCGAAUGUCAGGGUCAGGGUGAGAUCAUCAACGCCAAGGAUCGCUGCAAGGAGUGCAACGGCAAGAAGAUCAACCAUGAGCGCAAGGUCCUCGAAGUCCGCAUCGACAAAGGUAUGGAUGAUGGCUCGCAGAUCACAUUCAAGGAAGAGGCCGACCAGGCACCCAACACCAUUCCAGGCGACGUUGUCAUUGUCAUCGACGAGAAGCCUCAUCCCCGCUUCAAGCGCAAAAAGAACGAUCUCUUUAUCGACGUCGAAGUCGACCUGCUCACCGCGCUUGGUGGUGGUAAGAUCCUUAUCGAGCACCUUGACGAACACGCUCUCUCUGUCGAUAUUCCUGCCGGUGAGGUGAUCAAGCCCGGCGAUGUCAAAGUCCUCCGCGGACAGGGUAUGCCCAGCUACCGACACCACGAGAUGGGUGACCUUUACGUCAACCUUUCCGUCGCCUUCCCCGAGACCAUCGACAUUGACUGCAUCCCACUCCUCGAGAAGGCGCUCCCACCACGAAGAGGGCUUCCCAAGACCAAGAAGGAGAUCGACGUCGAGGAUGUGCAGAUGGACGACCUUGAUGAGCGGGAAGCCCGCAACGUCAGACCCAACGGCGCCGCUCAGCAUCCCGGCAUGGAUGAUGAUGACGAGGAAGGAGGCCAGACUGGAGUUCAGUGCGCAAAUCAGUAA